AUGAGGGUGGUUGCCAUUCUCGCCGUCACGGCUUUCCUCAACGGCCAUGCCCAAGCGCAGGACGUCCCAAUUCAUAGGUAUAAUAACAGUGGCAUUGGUCCGCCUCGAGACGCACGCCAGAAGUUCAAUGACACUGGCUUUGUUCUGCCCCGAGGCGAAGGCCAGAAGUCAAAUAGCACUGGCACUGUCCUGCCCCGAGGCGAAGGCCAGAGGUUUAAUGACACUGGCUUUGUUCUGCCCCGAGGCGAAGGCCAGAAGUUGAAUGGUACUGGCACUGUCCUGCCCCGAGGCGAAGGCCAGAAGCCAAAUAGCACUGGCACUGUCCUGCCCCGUGGCGAAGGCCAGAAGUUGAAUGGUACUGGCACUGUCCUGCCCCGAGGCGAAGGCCAGAAGUUGAAUAACACUGGGUAUGUUCAGCCCCGGACGUUAGGCGUCUGCUAUUGUCCUCGGUGUCUUCACAAUAUCAGAAUUUGCACUUGCAAGGAACCUCCCCUUCCCGAGUGCUUGCUGAGAGCGUUUCUCACCAGGACAACUAUUACUUGGAAGACGGCCACAAAUAGAGGUGUCAAGACGCGAAGUAACACUGGCCAGCCUAGUGAUACCUUCAGGGUCUCUGGCACUUGGAGGCCAACUAACAUUUAUACUAAUAGGCGUCUGUUUGUUGAUGAUGAGAUUCUCACUCCGACUAGGUCAUCUCACAUUAGGAAGCCUACUGCUACUGGCACGCCUACCGAGACGGGCAAGGCAGCUAAAUCCGGGAAGUCUACUGUGACUGAGAAGCCAACUCUUCCCUGGCCAAGUUUUUCUUGGACAACCAUUCCCGGGAAGCCAACACACGCCCGCAGGGCUAAUGAUGAUGGCAAGCCAACUCUUCCUUGGUUAAGUCUUUCCUGGCCAGUCUGGCCAACGCAAAGCGAGGAGCCAAUUAGCACUGGAAAACCGGCCUAUACUCAUAAUAGGCCGUCUCACACCGAGGAGCCAUCUCACACCAAAAAGCCGGCCUAUACUCACAGGCCGACUCUGAGCGAGGAGCCAUCUCACACCUGGGAACCUACCGAGACUGACGGGCCAACUCACACUGAGCUUCCGACACACACUUGGAGGCCGGGCCAUCCUCAUAAGCCGACUCACACCGAGGAGCCUACUGAUACUGACAUGCCUACCCACAACACCGAGGAGCCAAGUCACACGGUGAAGCCAACAUAUACUCAUAGGUCGACUCACACCGAGCAGCCUACUGAUACUGACAAGCCUACCCACAACACCGAGGGGCCAAGUCACACCGGGAAGCCGACCUAUACUCAUAAGCCGACGCACAACACCGAGGAGCCAAGCCACACCGUGGAGCCUACUGAUACUGACAAGCCUACCUAUCCUGGCAAGCCAACUGGUACGGGCAGGCCAACUGGUACCGGCAAGCCAACUCGUCCUGGCAAGCCUGGCAAGCCAACUAAGACAACUCGUCCUGGCAAGCCAACUAAGCCAACUAGCCCUGGCAAGCCAACUAGUCCCGGCAAGCCAACUUACACAGGCGAGCCAACUUACAAAGGCGGGCCAACUAACACAGGCGGGCCGACCGGCACUGACAAGCCAAUUUACUCCAAGCCUGCUUACACCACGGCUCCCAUCAAAAAUACGCAUAACAAAAGGGACCUUGAGGAGCCCGAGUGCGCCCAUGACCCCCAUUGCACGGGGGAUAGUCAAUCUGAUUGCCCAAAGCCCUCUCUUUGCGAAAGGGAGCCUCACCACCCAUUCUGCACCGAGACACAUCCCCAUACUCAUGGUGGUAAAAUGUGUGAUAAACCUCAUGGCGAGGCUCAGCAUGCCGACGACGGCACGCCCUGCGAUGGACAUGACCAUGAGGGCCAUACUUGCACCAAAGGCUGCCACAACCCUAUGCAGGCUCACAACGGAACUGACGAGCUUACACCCUCUGGGAGCAUGAUCGGUGGAGAUGGCAGCAUGCCGGUUGGUACUCAUGUACCCAUCAGUGCUGGUGAGACUACUGCCGUCUCCGACUUGGCCCUGGGCAUUGUUGCUCUGGCUGGCUUCCUUCUUUUCUAA